GGCGCAGCACCAGCAUCGUGUUAGAGCCAGGAGGCCUCCGUGUCAGCAAGCUGAGAGGGAAACUGAGGCAAGAUGUCGGGCCGGAGUGGGAAGAAGAAAAUGUCCAAGCUGUCCCGUUCAGCCAGGGCCGGUGUCAUCUUCCCCGUGGGGAGGCUGAUGCGGUACCUGAAGAAAGGGACGUUCAAGUACCGGAUCAGCGUGGGUGCUCCCGUCUACAUGGCGGCAGUCAUCGAGUACCUGGCAGCGGAAAUUCUAGAACUGGCUGGGAAUGCCGCGAGGGACAACAAGAAGGCCCGGAUAGCACCGAGACACAUCCUGCUAGCGGUGGCCAAUGACGAGGAGCUCAACCAGCUGCUAAAAGGAGUGACCAUUGCCAGUGGAGGUGUCCUGCCCAGAAUUCACCCUGAACUUCUGGCCAAAAAGCGAGGGACCAAAGGCAAGUCGGAAAGUAUCCUCUCCCCUCCCCCGGAGAAAAGGGGAAGGAAGGCGGCAUCGGGCAAGAAGGGAGGCAAGAAAUCCAAGGCAGCCAAACCACGGACGUCCAAAAAGUCCAAACCAAAGGACAGCGAUAAAGAAGGAACUUCAAAUUCCACCUCCGAAGAUGGGCCAGGGGAUGGAUUCACCAUUCUGUCUUCUAAGAGCCUUGUUCUAGGGCAGAAGCUGUCCCUGACCCAGAGUGACAUCAGCCAUAUUGGCUCCAUGAGAGUGGAGGGCAUUGUCCACCCAACCACAGCCGAAAUUGACCUCAAGGAAGACAUAGGGAAGGCCUUGGAAAAGGCUGGCGGCAAAGAGUUCUUGGAAACGGUGAAGGAGCUUCGCAAAUCCCAAGGCCCUUUGGAAGUUGCUGAAGCCGCUGUCAGCCAGUCCAGCGGACUUGCAGCCAAGUUUGUCAUCCACUGUCACAUCCCUCAGUGGGGCUCGGACAAAUGUGAAGAACAGCUUGAAGAGACCAUCAAAAACUGCUUGUCGGCAGCCGAGGACAAGAAGCUCAAGUCCGUGGCGUUCCCCCCGUUCCCCAGCGGCAGAAACUGCUUCCCCAAACAGAUGGCCGCCCAGGUGACCCUCAAAGCCAUCUCAGCCCACUUUGACGACUCAAGCUCGUCCUCGCUGAAGAAUGUCUACUUCCUGCUCUUUGACAGCGAGAGCAUCGGCAUCUACGUGCAGGAGAUGGCCAAGCUCGACACCAAGUAGACGCCCCCCGCCCAGCCAUGGUGGCCCACAGGAAUCAGAGGAGGAUCCAAGUCACAGGAGAGGGGUUUCUUUUUUAAGAGGAGAGAGGAAGGGUGACGGCAGGGGAGCGGAGGGCAGCGGGUCACGGGGGCUGCCAGAGCGGGGCCUGCCCACGGAACGAGCUCUCUGCCUUUUCUAUUCUCGUUUCAAAGAGGCUCCAUCUGUAAUCAACCAGGUCUCCACGAGGGGUUUCUUUCAUGUGUUUCCUUCCUGUUGUUUUAGAACUUUUUUAAAAGACAGACUUCGUUUUAGAUUUAUAGCAUUGACUUUUACACACACACACAAAAAAAA